AUGGCUCCUGCAAGUGCAAUCUUAACAUGGGUUCUUUCUUUCUUUUUCUAUGCCUUAGUAGUAGUUCACGCCCGCAGCGGUGGAGGAGCGGCUGAGGAACUGUGGUGUGUGGCAAAGAACAACGCAGCUGAUAAUGCACUACAGUCGUCCCUCGAUUGGGCUUGUGGGCCUGGAGGAGCGAACUGCGGGCCCAUCCAGAAAGUAGUGGUUCACGCCCGCAGCGGUGGAGGAGCGGCGGAGGAACUGUGGUGUGUGGCAAAGAACAACGCAGCUGAUAAUGCACUACAGUCGUCCCUCGAUUGGGCUUGUGGGCCUGGAGGAGCGAACUGCGGGCCCAUCCAGAAAGGUGGGCCCUGCAAUGAUCCGUCGGACCUCCAGCGUACGGCGUCGUUUGCCUUCAAUGAUUACUUCCUUAAGCAUGGCCUCACCGAGGAAAGCUGUAGUUUUAGUAAUACGGCUGCUCUCACUUCUCUCAAUCCUAGUCACAAUAAUUGCAAAUUUCCAUCCAGCAGUUUGAGCACAAGUAAUGGGACCUUUACUGGAUCAGUGACGGAAGGACCGGCUAUUGUGAAUUUGAAUAGCAGUCGUUCAAUUACUCGUGGAUGGGGUCGAGGAUUGAUCGAGUUUCUUCUGUUCUUCGUAAUCACGCUAGCUUUCUGA